GCUGCGCGUGGCUCGGCCGUCUGCCUGCUGCGCCACGGCGGCCGGACGGUGGACAACAUGAGCAUCAUCAGCUGGUUCGUGCGAGGCUUCAAGUACGUGUACGGGCUGCGCUUCAAGGUGAACGGCCGGCAGAAGCUGGAGGUGGACCAGCCCUGUGUCAUCGUCUCCAACCACCAGAGCAUCCUGGACAUGAUGGGCCUCAUGGAGAUCCUGCCCAAGCGCUGCGUGCAGAUCGCCAAGCGGGAGCUGCUCUUCCUGGGCCCGGUGGGCCUCAUCAUGUACCUGGGGGGCGUCUACUUCAUCAACCGGCAGCGCUCCAGCACCGCCAUGACCGUGAUGGCCGACCUGGGCGAGCGCAUGAUCAGGGAGAACCUCAAGGUGUGGAUCUACCCCGAGGGCACGCGCAACAACAAUGGGGACCUGCUGCCUUUUAAGAAGGGCGCCUUCUACCUGGCGGUCCAGGCCCAGGUGCCCAUCGUGCCCGUGGUCUACUCCUCCUUCUCCUCUUUCUAUGACACCAGGACGAAGCUCUUCACCUCAGGGACAAUCACGGUGCAGGUGCUGGACGCCAUCCCCACCAGCGGCCUCACGGAGGCGGACAUCCCCACGCUCGUGGACACCUGCUACCAGGCCAUGAGGAGCACCUUCCUGCACAUAUCCAAGCUGCCCCAGGAGAACGGGGCCGCCGCAGGGCCCGCUGUCCAGCCAGCCCAGUAGCCUGGGUCGUGGGGCGGGGCAGGACCUGGAGAGGGUGGGCGGGCAGAAGGCGGCUGGAGGACGCACAGGGACCCUUGCCCAUGCUGCCAAAUAUCACUGUGUCUGGCUCCCCGGCUCCCCCGGCUCUCAUUCGGGCCCUGGAAGCAGGAAGCCCCUUCUUCCGCUGACCUCAGACCCAGGCUCUCCACGUCCCCUCCAGGAGAACCAGCCGGACCCUCCCGGGCUCUGAGGCGGGGACUCGCCCACCGUGUACCUCCAGGGUCUGGGAUGAUGCAAAACCAGGCCUGAGGCUGUGGCCUGCAGGUGGGCUGAGAGGUCCUCAGGACAGCCCAGUGGCCCUGGGGACAGCCGGGGUGCCCGGGUCUGGCUGCCCAGGGCCCGCCAGGGGCAGAGUUGGGUUCUAGGUCCGUGCUGUGGCCUGCAUCAGGCCCUCAGGGAGAGGAAGGGGCUCGGGGGGUCAGGACUCCCGGCCGCAUGCACCCUGGACCACAGGGAGCCGGAAAGCGGGGUCUGCUGUUGCCCCGGCCCCGAGGACCUGCGGGUCAGUGUUGCACUUGCUAUUUUUGUAAAGGAACCUUGGAAGUAA